AUGUUGCUGGAUCUCCACGCUUGGAACCUGGCUACGGCCGGAUUAGCUCUCUCAGCUGUAGCUCUGCUUCAUUUUGGGCUGACAUGCCUCUACAACUACUUCUUCCACCCUCUGCGGAGCAUUCCUGGGCCGCCCCUGGCACGCAUCUCGCGUCUGUGGAGUCGAAUUGGAAAUUUCCACGGCCGCAAGUCGGAGCGAAUCCACGAAGCGCACGUCAAGUACGGACCCGUGGUGCGAGUUGGACCGAACGAGAUCUCGUUUGCGGACCCGGCCGCUGUGCAGGAUAUUUACACCUCGAACGACUUCACCAAGGAGGAGACCUUUUAUCGAGCAAAGCGCAUCUUUCACGAGAAUCAUCUGUUCAGCUUUAGAGAUGCGGAGGCCCACAAGCAACGUCGAAAACUCUUCUCUCGCGGCUUCUCCCAAACCUCCAUGCUCGACUUCGAACCCCAUAUCUCCUCCAAGAUUGAGACUACACUCAACCAAUGGGCUGCCCGAGCUCCGAACGGCCCCAUCGAUGUAUACCCCUGGUGUCACUGGCUGGGAUUCGAUGUCAUCUAUCAUCUCAUGUUUGACGAGGAUCCCGGCUCGGUCAAGCGUGGCCAGGCCCAUACAGUCAUGAAGUAUAUUAGGGCAUGGAAGCCGACUUUUAUCUACAAAGAGUUUCUCCCACAGAUGGAGCAGAUAGGUGUUUAUGUUCCUGGCCGCGUUGGUGGCUACUUCAGAGAUGUCUGUGCCUGGAAGCAGUACGCCCUGGAGCUGAUUGGCCAAGUGCGCCAGAGGGGCACGCAUACACCGUUCCUCAAGACAGUCCUAGACCCAGGAAAAGAACAACCCGUGAAUGAUUCCGAGCUUGCAGAGGAGUGCAUGGGAGGGAUGUUCGGAGGUAGCGGUACCACGGCGAAUACUUUUGUAUACAUUCUUUGGUCCUGUUUGAACAAGCCCGAGGUCGUAGCCAAACUGCGAACAGAACUCAAAGAGGCAUUCCCAGACCCCAACGUGAUUCCAGACUACCAGACCUGCAGCAAGCUUCCAUACCUACAAGCCGUGAUCUCUGAGACUCUACGAAGAUAUCCGACCAUCGUUGCCACCCUUCCACGAACUGCGAAUAAGACGACUUUUGUCUGUGGUGUUCCUGUGCCUAAAGGAACGACGGUCGGCACCCAGAAUUACACUAUGCACCGCAACGCGGAAGCCUUUCCCGAACCCGAAGAGUUCAUCCCGGAACGAUGGCUCGAGCCUGAUAAGGGAGACUUGCGGAAGGCCUCGUGGACACCAUUUUCGGUCGGGUCCAGAAGGUGCAUAGGCAUAAACUUGGCACAAAUGGAACUGAGCAAGAUGGCAGCCUCCUUUUUCCGCCGCUUUGACGGAUCAGUAGACGCGACUAGCCCUGGGGAAUUAGUCUCCAACUUCUUGCCCCAGAUUCCUCCUGCCAAGCGCACCAAACGGCGGGAGACUGGCCGGAGGCAGGUCAAACGGCGAAAGAUUGCGCUCGCGUGCAACUACUGUCGCUCCCGCAAGACUCGCUGCGAUGGGAGACAGCCGAUAUGCUCCACAUGCGAAGCCAAGGGCUCAACUUUGGACUGCAUCUACCCGGAAGCUACUCUCAAGACCAGAAGAUAUGUCUCUAGCCUGGAGGCUCGCGUUCAGGAAUAUGAAAGGAGAGCCAGGGAGGGGUUGCCUCAGAAUUGGGAUCCCGAAGAGUCAACCAUCCAAGCAGUUAGCCACCAUGAGGAUCUUGAGAGCAUCUCCAGUCGACAACAAUCAGACGUGUGGGCUAGAACAGAGCCUUCUCCUGUCUCUACUACACGACGACGUGACUCGCAAGUCAAAGAUCGGUUGCCGACCCCACCACAGCACGAUGUCAUUGACACAGACGCGAUGGUCGUUGUGCCGUCUCCAGAAGGCGGCACCGAUUGCCCGAUGGGAGAGUCAUCCCCAAUUGCUUUUGUUCGGUCGAUGCUCCGGACAAUCGGGAGCAGAUACUCAUCUCGCGGGGUUUCCAACAUUGGGGUGAACAGUACAUUCCCGCCAAACAAAGCUAUACUCUCUGCGUCAGAGCCACAGUCGGUUGAUGCAGAAGCUCUUUUUCUCCCGCCACGGCGAGUAGCCGAUGGUUUCGUCGAAGCUUUCUGGAAGUAUUUUCACCCCAUACUGCCUGUGCUCCACAGACCGGCGUUCAUGAGAGUCUACAAUAGGCUGUGGGCUCCUACCAACGAGGUUGGGUCCGAUCUGACGUCUGAUAAGACCGAAGAAGUCACUUUCUUUUCUACUCUCAAUAUCGUUCUGGCCAUUGGGUGUCAGUUCGGCGACCAAGUUGCGGGACCGCGUGGCGCCGAUAUUGCGGACAAACUCUACCAGAGAUUGAAGAGGUGUUUUACAGAUGAGAUGCUAGAUAGCCCUACGCUCUCAACUGUUCAACUGCUCCUACUCACUGGAGUAUACCUGCAGUCAACCAAGUAUGCAAACAGAUGCUGGAACGCCAUUGGGUCCGCCAUCCGCGUGGCGCAGAGCAUCGGAAUACACCUGGAGAGGAGAUCGGAUUCUACGAACCAAGUAGAGCGCGAGAUGGAACGGCGAGUCUGGCACAUGUGUGUCUUUCUUGAUCGGCAGUUUGCCACAACUUUUGGUCGGCCUAUGAUGAUCUCAACCCCGACCGAGGUGCCCAUGCCCCUGGUGAUCGAUGACGAGUACCUUCUAGAGGACGGAGAAGGAGUCCAGCCCCCUCACAUAAACUCCAAGAUGGGCUGCUUUGUCUAUUCAAACAAAUUGUUCGACAUACUGAACGACAUUGUGGUAUCAUUCUAUUUGAAGAAGAAUACGAUAGCUUGGUCAUGCGAGGAGAUGAGCUUGGUCAUGAAGUACAACAUGCGACUGAACAAGUUCUGGGAGUCUGUCCCAAGCUAUCUCGCUGGACAGGGCACUUUUGCUACGCUUGAGGACGAUGCCAUUGCCCUUGGAGGGAAGAUCCUCUACUCUCGUGCAAAGACGCAAAGUGAAGACUCUCUUGAGCAACAGCUGGCUCUCCAGGCCUGCAAGCUCUGCGUCUCUACGGCCCAAACUUUGAUUGCCCAUAUCUACGACAACAUGGGCACUUCCUACUGGACAUCAAUUUCGCACAAGAUUCAUUAUGCAUUUUCAUGCGCCGUGGUUCUAAUCACCGCGCGCCUUUGUCUCAUGCCGGAGGUUGAUAUCAGUAGCGCUUCGCUUUCAGUCUCGUGGUCACAGUGCAUCCAAAUAUUUGAGCACUACAAGCCACAAUUUCCCUCUGCGUCUCAUGUCGUUCGCAUUCUUGAAAUGCUCGAAGACCGUCUUGGACACCCGGAGACGCAAGAUCAUGUCUUGAGUGGGCAAAACAUCAACCAUGCUGGUGCAGCCUCUCUAUCACCAAGAGAUGUAGCUUUUGAAAACACCGGAGCCCAAUCAGGUCAUCCAGAAACGACGAUGUCGAUGGUUGACUUGAAUAACAUUGAUUUCGACAUGACUUGGGCUAUGCUGGAUGAUUUGCUUCAAGCAGAACAUCCAACUCAAAGCCUGAACGUCCCUGGAGAUGCUAACGCCUCAAGAGGGUCGAUUUUCGGGCUGGACUGGGACGGCUUGAGGUGA